GCGGGGCCUGCGACCGGAAGGCGAGCGGCCGGCUUCCGCGCGGGAACGCUGACUUCUGCUGGGGCGAACGGCGGUUUCAGCCCGGGAACCGCGGUGCUGGAGCCUUCAGGCCUCCGGAGAAAACGUUGAAAGAAGACAACUUUUUGGCUUCCCCCUCCUGUUGGAGUCCUGAGUCUGAUUCCAUACUCCUUCUUACAGCAUUUACAAACCAGUGCCACAGAACCUGUCUUUCUUUUAGUCAAAAUGAGUGAUAAGCCAGACUUGUUGAAAGUGGAGAAGUUUGUUAGAUUGAAACUGAAGAAAACUAAUACUGGAAAAAAUACUCUUUUCUCAAAGGAAAUUAGGAAGUGGGACCUGGUUGAAAAAGGUCGGUCAGUGCAGGCCUAA